AAGGCAUCGACAAUUUGGUCGUCAUAAAAUGCAUGUCUUAAAUCAUUGUACGCCAGUUGUACUUUUUUUUGCGGUAUAUGACUAAUUUUAUAUUCGUUAUGAGUCAAGAAAUUAUUUACAGAGGUCAAAUUAGUGGGUACAAAUUAUGCUUAGUUCAGAGACCUCUGCGAUAUACAUUUAAUGAGAUCUGGCUCAUCCAACUAGACUAAGUUCUUGUUGGGCUUUCAAAGCUCCAAUCCAGACAUUAAAGGAGGGCACAAACCAACCGUGCAUAAACAGGAAGCCUGCAGAAAUUGGACUUCUGCGCCUUUUUUCUUGGCUGAAAUCGACAUGUUAGAUGUUGUGCUCAUGAGGUGAGGUCUUUGCUAAAAAGAAAUCGAAUAGAAUAGUAGCAUGCUGGCAGAUUGUGUUUGACAUGCUUAACAUCCAGUUUGUUGACUGAAGGGUUCGAGGUCAUGUCAUGAAAUGCGUAUGAUCAACAGUGGUAAAACACGUCCAUGUUCGAAGCGUUUCUGACUUUGUCGAGAGUACAAAGUCUUUAAUUCUUAACACGCAAAUGCCAACAUGCUAUUCACAAGCUCUAUGAAGAAGGAUAGAUUGUCAUGCGAUUUUAAGUUCAUUUUGCCUUUAUCGCAUGCCUUUUUGCAAACAUUUCUCAUCCAUCGUAUAACCAUUUUGGAAAUGAAUGAAGUUUCAGGGACUGACGACUGCGGAAAUUGUAUGCUCGUCGUGAUGAAUGCUUGGGUCAACGCGACUUUGGCUGGAGCUUUGGUGCUCAAGAAGUUUUUAAGUAAGCGCGGUAAUUAUAAGCUAGUCUUCGAUUGUCAAGAAAUACAAUUCAAAUUAUCUUCUACCUCAUGGGGUGCGUACACCCAUAUGCUCUAAAAAUACACAUAUUGGUCUUCGAAAGCUAGCCACCCAAGCCAGCUUGGCCGUUUCUCCACUCUCUGCUGCGGGCUUGGUGAGCCCUACAGGUGAUAGGUAAGCAAUAGCCGGGGCAGCGCUUUAGGAAGCCACUAAUUGUGCCGUAUUACUUCAAGCAAAAAUGCAUUACUGCACCUCGAUGCAGUCCGUACAAUAUAAACUGAUCCGAUCACAACCUCUCCUCAAUCACUCGCUCUUCGUCGGUGUCAACAUUCCAUUCAGUUGCGAACAAUAAUCGUACGCGCCGUUUUCAAGAGUCUCGAGGCUGUCAU